AUGAAGGGAGUACUCUUAAUGAGAGGGCGAGGCACCAGCCAGCAACAUGGGAUGCGAAAUCCCGGCCAACGACUCCAUGCUUCGCAUUUCAAGGGUGUGGAGUUCAAUACAGUCGGGAUUUUGAAGAUUGUUAUGAUCAUGGUCGAGUGCAGCAGCUACGAGGAGGAAGGAGAUACGACGGGGGCACGACGGGUGGCUCUUCUGAUUUGGCGGAUUGUCUUCCACGCCACGUUCCUUGGUGGCCCCGCAGAUUCGGCCGCUACAACUCGAGGGCAGAACCAGGAACAAGGCCAAAAGAAAAUGUAUUUGGGUGCCCAAGACAUGCCAAGCACGGCUAUCACUGUUUUUCGGGAGUGCUGGCAAUGGCUCCGUAAGGCUGGCGAGGGAAUAUUGAGCAAAGAGGAAAAGAAAAGAGAGACGGUGAUUCUUGGCUUGGAUGAUGGAUCGCAUACUCAGGCCAGACGAUUAAGCCACAGUAACAGCCUCAGAAUGGCUCGGGUGAUUGAUAUUUGUUUGCGGGACACCAAAUAUCCCAGCUGA